UAUAAACAUUUCAGUAUAUCUGAGGUGUUCAUUUGAUUACAUAUGUUUAGAGAGUAAAUUUACACUUCUAAGGAGGAUUGUUGUUUUAAAUGCAACAACGUUGUGUUUUUUAAAAUACAUUGUUUUCACAACACCAUCUGAGUUCAAAGAUUUUGGAAUUAACGCGGAUUUUUUUUUUCAAAUGUGAACAACUCCUUAUUUGCAGUUUCCAUUGCUGGUUCAUUCAUUUAUUUUACAAGAAGAAUAGACAAACAAAUCCAGCUGUUGGCAAUGACAGGGAAAAUUCUAAUAUGUUUGACAUUGUUCUUCGUUCCGACUGAGCUCCGCAAACUAUGUCCCAAAUCUGUGCCCAAUCCCAUCCGAAUCAAGGACCCGGAUGACUGUACAAAGUACCAUCUGUGUGUGGACAUGCGCGAGUUCAUCAUCACGUGCCCCGACCAUUUUGUGGUCAGUGAGAGGUCCAUGAAGUGUGUCCCAGAGGGAUCAGUGUUCGAUACCUGUCCUGCAGAAGAAAAAUGGCGCCGGAAUCUUUGCCUGCGUUAUCCCAAUAUCACUGUUCAGCAUCCACACAACUGCGCCAAGUAUUUCGUCUGCAACCCCAAAGCCCCACAAGGCAGUAUGGCUCGCAUAGAGGAAUGUGAUUUUCCGUACUUAUUCAGUCCGGAGUCCGGUCGAUGCAAGCAUUACAGCGUUGUCAGCUGUGGGCAGCGAUUCGAACCAAAGACUCACUGUGAAUAUGACAAGUACCUCUGUCAACACGCCCAUUGUCCGCCAUGUUUUCUGCGGCAUCCAAGUUGCCAUGGACUUCCCGAGGGUUUGAACCCCUGGCCCGGGAAGGAGGGCACCCCGUUUUUCCUGGUCUGUCGGGACGGUCGCGUGCGAUAUAGCGGACAGUGUCCGGACACGCCCACCUCCCAUCAGAUGUUUGACCCAUAUAAAAACUUGUGUGUAGAGAAGUAUCCCUACGACAGCAGUGACUGAGAGGGGCGAUAUCCUAGUCCUUGUGUAUUUAUUAAUUUAUGUCUAGUGUCACAGUGUAUGUAUCAUUGCAUUGUUGAUUUUACUAUUUCCCCUGUUUAUAUAAUGUGACCAUUACAUGAAAUCCUUUUUUUCACCAAUAUUAAAAUGUUUGCAACUUCAA